AUGUCACUCGUCGAAGAUCUGCUCUUCUGUCCGUACAACCGUGCCCACCGCAUCCGACCGGAUGCCAUGCCGAAGCAUCUGUACAAGUGCCGCCGGAAUCACCCCAAGACGAAGCUGGUGAUCUGUCCGUUCAACACGAUCCACCACGUUUCAGGACCAGUACUGAACGCGCACAUCGCCGAGUGUCCCGACCGGGCAGCGUUCGAACUGUACAAGUACUGCAUCACCGACGGAUCGCGGCAAAGUCACACCCCGACCGCCCAGGAACCGGAACUGAUCUACAACAACGAACCACCACGACAAGCGACUGGACGCAGUCUCCAGGAUGAUGACGAGUGCUGGGAUGAAAGUGCGGUUCCGGCUUACAAUCCGCAUGCGUACUGUAAAAGUGCGAACGUGAUUCGUAAAGCCACUAAUAUGAAGAAAUCACAGAAGCGUGAGUUCUACCAGGCGGAACGGGAACGACUCAAUGGGUGGAGAAGUGGCUCGACCAGCUCGGAAUCGGACGAUGGAUGCCAGAAGGCGACGACGCUUGCCGGGGCAGAUGAUUGGUGGGAUGAUGAGGUCGCGCCGGCUAAGGAAAUUCAGGUGGUACCCAAAAGAACUACCUUGCAAAAGAAACAGGUUCAUCGUUCUGAUCAGCAGCUGAAGAAGGAGAUUGAUAAUUUUAGUUGGCUGCGCUAG